AUGGCUGGGGGCCCUGCGGCGCAGGGGGUGGGGGAAGCGAUGAAGGAGCGGUCUUGGGCAGACGUUGCAAAGGGACCGGCUCGGCAACCGGCGUGGACCUGCCACCAGCCAUCUUCCCGUGAGUUGGAGCUCAUGCAGAAUAGGUUCUCCGACGAGGUGGUUGACAUCUCGGAAGAGGAGCUGGAGGAUGCACGGGCGGAGUGGCGGAGCUCGGCGGUCAUCGUAAAAAGCUUGGGGAGGACAGUCCCAGGUGAGUGGAUUGCGAAGGAGAUCAAGAGGGUGGGUCGAUUGGCCUACAAUGUGGAGGCUUUCCCGCUUAUGGACGGAUUCACUGUUCUUCGGUUCGCCAAGGAGGAGGAUCGCGAAGCUGCUGUGAUGAACGGCCCCUGGACAGUGGCUGGGCAGCUUGUGGCGAUGGAUAGAUGGCAACCCAACUUCGUGCCUGGCGCCAAGGGGGUGGGCAGGGUGGUUGUCUGGCUCCGGCUCCCUCGUCUGCCUGUCGAUUACUGGAGGAAGGAGACCAUAUAUAAGAUCGCGGCAAGGGCUGGAAAUCCGUUGGCUCUGGACGGGUUCACGGAGCAGGGGCGGAGGUUUGGCUUCGCGAGAGUUAAGAUCGAGCUCGACUGCUCUGGCUCUCUUAAACCGGGGACGAUGGUGAGGGGAAGAACAGGUGGAGUCGAGGAGACCUUCUGGCAAAGCUUCGUUUACGAGAACGUGCCUGCCCCGUGCUCCAAAUGUGGCCAGAUUGGGCAUUCGGCGCCGGAGUGUGGUCGUUUCACUCCAGUGGCGGGUUCAGGGGAGACGGCGGAGACAGGGGGGAGGAAGACGCCUGGCUCCGGGGGGGAUGAUCAGGGGGGAUGGUGA